UGUCGUGAGUCGUUGUCCUCGUCUCUUGUUGUGUGCGGCAUUUCGUGAGGAUUUUGCUGGCGUAAGUUUAAAUGUAAACAGUGACAUGAAGAGAAAAACUUCAGUUCUGAGUUUGUUUCAACGCACAAAGCUCAAGUUCAAACAAUAGAGUGACAGCGGGGCCAGAGGAGCUAGAAGAGGCACAGGAGACGCAACAAAAGUGCAACAGCUGCACAAAAACUGCAAACUACAAGCUGAAACAAAAGCCCAAAAGUCAAAGUAAACCCAGACAGGCAAACAAGAGAGAGAAAACGAUAAGAGUGAACAGAACAGCGAGAGAGAGAGAGAGACAUAGAAAGAUAAAGAGACAGACAGGCUGCUAGCGUGGAGUGCUGGAAUAAUGUGUAGUGCAGAGUCCACACGGCAGCUUAAAGUGGCAACAACAGCAGCAGCAGCAGCAACAACAACAGCAGUGACAGCAACAAACACAACCGGAUAAUAAGCAUAAGGACCAACAAAAAAAAAACAACAACAACAACAGCGACAAGUCUUAGCGGUAGGCUGCAGGCCGAACGGAGCCGAGCCGAGCCGAGGAGCAUUUAUUAGCCCGCCAAGGCAAAGCAAUAAGCACAUAAAGCCCGAAAUCCGUAACCAAAAUCUAAUCGACGUCUAUAGACCACAAACCGGAACGGCAAGUGCAGCUGCGUGACGUCACUAGUCACUCCGCUAACUAGGACACUCGGGCCGCAACGCAAAUUUCGUUAUAUCGUUAGCGUUACUCGCAUUCCCCGCAGCCUUCUUCGCCUUCGCCUUCGCCCUCCCAUCCACAUCCGCGUCAUGGUCUCUCGGCUAAGUCAGCAUUCGCUGGCCGCGGCGUUGUUCGUGUUGUCACUGCGACUGUCCUGCGUCUGUGGCGUCAUUGAUCGCCUGGUGGUGCAAACAAGCUCCGGCCCGGUGCGCGGUCGCUCAGUGACGGUGCAGGGACGCGAGGUACAUGUCUACACGGGCAUACCGUAUGCCAAGCCGCCCGUUGAUGAUUUGCGCUUUCGUAAGCCGGUUCCGGCGGAGCCCUGGCAUGGCGUUUUGGAUGCCACCCGCCUGUCGGCGACCUGCGUUCAAGAGCGCUACGAAUACUUCCCGGGCUUCUCUGGAGAAGAGAUUUGGAAUCCCAAUACCAAUGUAUCUGAGGACUGUCUGUAUAUAAAUGUUUGGGCACCAGCAAAGGCGCGACUGCGUCACGGACGUGGCACCAAUGGAGCCGAGCAUUCGGGAAAUAAGCAGGCAGAUACAGAGCAUCUGAUUCACAAUGGCAAUCCUCAAAACACGACCAAUGGAUUGCCCAUACUAAUUUGGAUCUAUGGAGGAGGCUUUAUGACCGGAUCAGCAACACUGGAAAUAUAUAAUGCAGAUAUUAUGUCGGCUGUGGGCAAUGUGAUUGUUGCCUCCUUCCAAUAUCGCGUUGGUGCCUUUGGCUUUCUUCAUCUGUCGCCGGAGAUGCCGCCAGAAUUUGCCGAGGAGGCGCCUGGCAAUGUUGGAUUGUGGGAUCAGGCAUUGGCCAUACGCUGGCUAAAGGAUAAUGCACAUGCCUUUGGCGGCAAUCCCGAGUGGAUGACACUGUUUGGCGAGUCGGCUGGAUCCAGUUCAGUGAAUGCACAGCUUGUGUCACCAGUGACAAAGGGCGUCGUUAAGCGUGCCAUGAUGCAGUCGGGCACAAUGAAUGCGCCCUGGAGCCACAUGACAUCUGAGAAGGCGGUGGAGAUCGGCAAGUCUUUGAUCAAUGACUGCAACUGCAAUGCAUCCAUGCUGAAGACCAAUCCCUCACAUGUGAUGAGCUGCAUGCGUGCCGUGGAUGCCAAGACCAUAUCUGUGCAGCAAUGGAACUCCUACUCGGGCAUUCUCAGUUUCCCCUCAGCGCCCACCAUAGAUGGCGCUUUCCUGCCAGCAGAUCCCAUGACGCUAAUGAAGACGGCGGAUCUCAAGGAUUAUGACAUUCUGAUGGGCAACGUGAGAGAUGAGGGUACCUAUUUCUUGCUGUACGAUUUCAUCGAUUACUUUGAUAAGGACGAUGCCACCGCAUUGCCACGUGACAAGUAUCUGGAAAUUAUGAACAACAUUUUUGGCAAAGCAACUCAGGCAGAACGUGAGGCCAUAAUAUUCCAGUACACCAGCUGGGAGGGCAAUCCGGGAUUCCAAAACCAGCAGCAAAUUGGACGUUCUGUGGGCGAUCAUUUUUUCACCUGCCCCACCAACGAGUAUGCACAGGCGCUGGCUGAGCGAGGCGCCUCCGUGCAUUAUUAUUUCUUUACACACCGCACCAGUACAUCGCUGUGGGGUGAGUGGAUGGGCGUGCUGCACGGCGAUGAGAUUGAAUACUUCUUUGGGCAGCCGUUGAACACAUCUCUGCAAUAUCGACCUGUGGAGCGUGAGCUGGGCAAGCGUAUGCUCAACACAGUCAUCGAGUUUGCCAAGACUGGCAAUCCCGCACAAGAUGGCGAGGAAUGGCCCAACUUUUCGAAAGAGGAUCCCGUGUAUUACAUUUUCAGCACGGAUGAUAAGAUUGAGAAACUGGCACGUGGUCCGCUGGCCGCACGUUGCUCCUUCUGGAAUGAUUAUUUGCCGAAAGUCAGGAGUUGGGCAGCAUUUGCGCAGCAGAUUUCCUAUUUGGCCACCUCGGCGUUCCUCUAUCUGAAAACCUGGCUCAUCAGCGGCUAAAUGAAACGUCACCUGCAAACCUAAUAAUAAUAAUAUUUUAAUAAGACGCACAUUAAGUGACCAUAGAACAAAACACUUCCAAACAAAGCAACACAAAGUCUGAAUUUGAGAAUAGGUAACUUGAGCUGUUCGAUCCUAAGAUAUAAACUGGUACCUUGACAGGAUGAAAAAAACAAUUGUCAAUUUAAUUGGCAUGGACAAUAAGCAGCGAGACUAUAAUCUAUUAAAUCUGGAUAAUUGCGACAUUCAAUGUGCUAAAAUAUAAUCGAAUUUACGAGUGCGAGAAUGAGCAUUCAGAUUCCUGGAUCGACUAGAGUCUGAUUGAGUUGAGAGCAGCGUGCUGGACACCCUCACAACAAGAAACGAAUCAUAAAUAAGCAUUAAUUAACUGAACCCUAAAAUAUAUAAUACGUUUACUAUGUAGUUCACUUA